CGUUUAUAUCGUUUGGUUCUAGUCUACUUAUAAAUAGAGAAGUGCGUAUCCUAGGUUGUUUAAAAUGUCGAGCUGUCAAGAACCGUUGUUGAAAAGUGACGAAGAAGAUGAACUGGUGUUCGACCGAACCGGUUUACUGUCCAACAAAGUCACCGUCAAACCUGACAUUCGGCAACGCGGCCACACCGGCGGAAGGAGACUACAGUAUGCAAGAACUGUAAAUUUAUGCUUGGCGUUUUUUGCAUUGUAUCUUACAGGUGGCAACGUUUGGUGCUUGGACCUGUGGGGGAAAAAGAGCGCUCCCUUCAUGCAAACCAUGCAUUUUUGUUUCGGCCUGGGAGCAUUCAUCGCUCCUCUGGUGGCGGAGCCGUUUCUCUCCCCGCAAGUGGAGAACUACGGCAAUUGGAUAAACCGCACCGACGGAAAUAAAACCGCGUUAAACUUUCCGCAGGUUCGUUUUCCUCACCAGCGGUACGGCUCCCGAGACGAAAUUUCCAACAUCCUGUCCAAGUACGCCAACGAUUCGGAGACGGAGGGGACUGCAUCCGUCCACCGUCUUCGUUCGGUGGGGACCGACCGGUACCCGGCGGCGUGGAAGAUCGGCCGGGCCGUAGGAGCGUUAGACAAGAGGGAAGUGGACGGACCCUGGGAAAGCGAAAACGCCACGGAAUUUUUGGCCGAAGACAAAAACUCUUCUAGUCCGGAAGGGCGGCCCGAAACCACCGAGACGGCCAUUUCCUCCACCGCCGACGUCAAACGCAAACCCAAGAAACCGUUUUACGCCGACGGCAACCAGCUGAGCCAAGACAAGCGCUGGUUCCGCUCUUCUCUAAAGUCCAAAACCCGCACCGCUUCCGCCCCCCGCUCGCCCCCGGGCGAGGCCGACCGGACUCCGCCCACCCCGGCCGCCCCGCACAACGGCACGGGCGUGUCCGACGACUGGCCGGCCGCUUCGGCCAACGAGUCUCGAGAGGAAGAGUACGACGACCGUCCGGAAGAAGCCGGCAAUUCUUCCCAUCUCGCCGCCGACAACGGAACGGAUGCGGUGCUCGCCUCCGGGGAAAAUUCCUCGGUGGAAACCCACGGCCGAAGUAACUCUUCCGUGGCCGAAGGAAAUUUAACGCUAGAGCAUUGUGACGCGUGUAACGCCACGGAAAACUCCACACCGGAGCCUCCGACCACCCAACCCACCUUCACUUUGGCAGGGAACGGUUCCUUCGUUUCCCACGGUUCCCGGUACUUGGCCAGUGGCCGGGUUACGUCCACCCUGGCCUCUACCGCCUUUUCCACGGAAUCUGCGGAAACCUUGGGCCGUGCGCGUAACUCUGUGCGGGAAGAAAACGGGUUAAGGGGAAUGUGGGAAUCCCGGCAGAAGGACGGGGACGGGGACCGGCUCCUUUCCGACCAGAGUGCCACCGCCCCUUCCCGCUCGGAGACGGGGGAGAUGUACGUGCGGAACGACGGAGAGGACCCCGGCGUCGACUUGGAGCGACUGUCGGAGGAGCCGAAAGUCGACGAUCGCAAGGCGAAGGAAACAGCCGUCGAGGCCGACCCACCCUCCGGUAACUCCACCGCGCCCACGGACGAGAAGAAGCGCGGCCGUUUGGGAUUUCUGUCCGGUCUCUUCCGGACCAUGCUUCGUCAUCGGUUGGGCAAGUUCGAAAUAGCCUACGUCAUCCUGGGCACGUACAUAUUCGUCGUAGCCUUCGUCUUCUUGGUCUUUCUCUGCGUCAAUCCUCGCGAGCCCAGAUCCAGACAGGAGGAAGACCUGGACAAAUCCAGAAAUCUCACCGCCACUUUCAAGUUCUCAGCCGUGCUGCUGGUCUCCCUCUUUCUGUGUCUGUACGUGGGGAUAGAAGUGGCCGUGGGACAGCUGUUGCAGACCUUCGCCGUCAAACAGUACCUCCGAUUGCCCGAAUCCACCGGUUACUUCAUGACCUACAUGUUCUGGGGCAGCUUCGCCCUCUCCCGCGCCCUGUCCGUGGGACUGGCCGCCAGAUUCAGCGGCCUGCGUCUGAUCUUCGCCGAUCUGAUUAUUUGUCUGGUCACCUCCGUUCUGCUGGUGGCCGGCGCCAACAAAAUGGAGACUCUGUUGUGGGUGGGGGUGGUGAUUUUGGGAUUCGGCAUGGCUCCCGUCUUUCCGGCCUCCAUCUCCUGGAUCGAACGUUACCUGCCCAUCGACAACAAGACGGCUUCGGUCUUCAUUCUGGGCGCGGCCCUGGGUCAGUUGACCAUUCCUCCGGUGAUCAAUCGGUUCAUCGACAGGGAGCCCAUGGUGCUGAUGUACGUCAACAUGGUGGUCAACGUCUUGUGUUUCGUCACCUUCGUCGGACUCUGGCUGCUGUCCUCUCGGCAGGGCGAAAAGUACAAAUCCACGGUGGAUCGGAACACUUACCGGUUGGCCAAUUUCGACGAAGUGGAAGACGGCCUGGAGAUGUCCUACGGCAAUUCUCACUGGCAGAAUAAUUAUAAUUCUCGCAUUCUGAUGAAAAAGUCGGCGGGAAAGGUGACAUAGACUGCCCGGUGCCAACGUAGCGUUUUUAAUCUCGUACCAAGGUCCGAUUUUAUCCGUUGCCGUCGUUUUAAAAACAAUUCGGAGAGGAAGAUAAUUCGGAAGACCGUCCGUCUUGGACGGUACGCCACCGGGUGGAAAUAAAGAUGGAGUUUCCUUCCGGAUAAUGUACGGGUUCGAUGCCGGCGCGUAAGAAACUAGAAAAGAACCGGAGAUAGUCGACGAUUCGCGUUUAGAGAAAAAAUCGUUGCCUACGAAUUUUCUAACGUCCUAGUUCUACCACGGAGGAACCGAUCUACGGACGUUCCAGCCGGUAUUUUUGUCACUUCCGGCGACGGCAGACUUUUAUUGUUAAAAAAAACUUACCGUAUUAGAAAAUACUCGUUUAAUUUAUUACCGUGUAAAUAGAUUUUUAAUUUGGCCCAGAAUGUACAGAAUAACUUAACUAAUUUAUUGCGGGAGGUCCAGUUAUCCCCUUUACGUGUACACUUGUAAAAAAUUUUGUAAUAAUCGACCGACGGUCGAAUCGGGGUUCGCUCCCGUCCGUCACCCGAAAGAAGACAGUGUCGUUCGUGUAUUCCAAUGCAGUUUAAUAAAAUAUGUCGGAAUGCCACGAAAUUUGUUCGAAGGAAAGUUUCUUUACGGAAUUUCACAACGUCUCUGUGGUCGGCGUUUUAAAUAAAUUUUACCAAUACGGAUGCUUUAAAGCGUUAAUAAGAGUCGCGAGUCGAAACAUACUACCUAACCGGUAUAUAAACACUGGAGCAGCAUUGUCCGGGUAUAAAACUAUCGGUUUUUAAACACAAUCGCGUAUUACUAAAAAUCCAACACCGGAUAUUUGAUUUAUCUCGCGUUACGUCUGUACGAGUAGUACUAUAAUAUUUACGUAAUUCGAUCGUAAUAUAAGUAAUAUCUAAAAUAUGAAAACUCGAUCGUAUUUACGCGCAGUGCUUCGUUAACGGAGGCACGUAUCGUCGUAACCGAAGAUUGAAUUUCGACGCUCGUUACGGAAAUUUUACGUACGGCCAGUUUACGUUACGUCAAAACCGCUACCAUCGGGGAACCGACUAUAAACAAGAUGCCCGAAGGAAAAACGAAUAAGAAAAAGCCGAAAUGGAUCGGAGCGUAAACGAAAGUAUACUGUACUAGGAAAAUCGAUAGAUACUACACAAUAUUCUAAUAUACGUAGUUUAUAAUGAGAGACGAUUAAUAAUCUAUACUAAUAUAAUAAAGAGGUAAUGUU